AUGAAUUACUUAGAACCUAAUUUCGAUCCAAAGGAAUCGAAAGUUUCAGAGUUGAGAAGAAUCCUUGCGGAAAACAAUGUCGGAUAUCCAUCUAAGGCCAAGAAAUCUGUCCUAAUUAAGCUAUUUGACACUUCUGUCAAACCCAAGGUUGGAGAUUUGAGGAAAAGACAAAGUGUUGGACCAAGUUCUGAAGGCAUCGAAAAAGUUAAAACUAAAAACGGUAUGAAAGUUAAAUCCCCAAAGAAGAGGAAGAGAAGUAGAGAUGCAAGAUUAAAGGAAGAACAAGAACAAGAAGAUUCUCUUAAGAAAGGAGAAAGAGAAGAAUUUUCCAUUGAUAUUGUUGAUAUCGACGGUGACAUCAAGAUGGAGCUUUCGCCAAGAAAAUCACCAACAAAAUCAAAAAAGACAACAGAUACUUCUGAUGAGAGUUCCAAAAAGAAGAAAAGAAGAAAAAAUCAGAAAAAGAGUCAAGAUGGAAAUCACUCGAAGACUGACAUUACUAAUUCUCCAGAAAAAUCUUUAAUAAUUGAAAAAUUUGAGAGCAAUUCGACUUCUUCUGAUUCUUUAAAUACAACCUUUAACCAGUUUGCUGAAAAUGAGGAAAAGAAUAUUUUCAAAAGUGAAAAUGAUUCAAAAUCCACCAAGACUUCUCGCAGAACACAAGCACCAGAUAUUACCAAAUUAAUUGUUUCUGAAGAAUUCAAGUCUAAAUUGGAGGAUGCCAUGGCAGCCCAAGAUUCACAAGAUUCAGAAAGUAUUCCUGUUGAAGUUAAGUCCGAGGAAGAACAAUCUCCAGCUGAAGCUAAAUCGGAUGUUGAACAAGUCCCAGUUGAUAUCAAAUCUGAAGAAGAAGAAAUUCCUGUUGACGUUAAGAUUGAUAACGCUACUGAGUCAGUUGAAGAUGUAACAAAGGACAUAAUUGCAACCAAUGACAAUAGCGAAAGUAAGCAAGGCAAAAAACCUAAAGGAAAGAAGUGCUUAAAAGCUGCCCUAAAAUUGAUUUCCAAAAGUUUGUAUUUUUCAGCAGUAGCUUCUGCGGUUUUGCUUUCUGUUUGGGGUCGUGAACAAAGAAUCCAAGUUGGAUUUUGUGGAAAUGAACUCGCAUUAAAAUCUAUUGCAGGUCGUUUCCCAGAGAACCAUACCUUUCAACUUAUCGAUCAGUAUUUAGAAAAGACUAUGAAACCAGAUUGUUUACCAUGUCCAGAGAAUGCCGUAUGUUCAUCAAAAUUACAAAUGGAAUGUGUAGACGGUUUUAACUAUGCACAAUCACCAUUUUCGUUGGGUGGAUUAAUACCAAUUCCAGGUAAAUGUAUUCCUGACGACUCUGAGGAGAGAGCGUUUACCAAGGUGGUCGAUUACAUCAUGAAAUAUUUGAGAAAUAAAAAUACCGCUGUUGAAUGUGGCAAUGGUGAAAACGAUAUGGCAAGUGGUAUUUCCGAGGAAGAACUAUAUGAGUACGUUUUUGAAGAUAUCUCUGAAGAAUUUGAAUUAUCAAAAGAAAAGAUUAGUCAACUAUGGUCCGUUGCCCUUGAGAAAAUCAAUGACUUCCCAGAAGUUAAGCGUUUUUUAGUUAACGAGGAAGCUGAAAAUGAUGCGGAACAAGAAAAUUCUUCUAAAAAGGUUGGAUUUUUACGUUCUAAUUCUAGAAAGGGAUUGUCUCUAAAAUGCUUGUAUGAUCAUGAAUUUAAGAAAUUCUAUUUCGAAUACCUACUAAUAAUCUGGGGUGUAAUUGGUACUUUAUUCUCUUCAUUCUUGUUAAAAAGAUCAUGGGAGAAAAAUAGUGAGAAAAAUGCAGAGGUCGAUACUUACGUUAAAAGAGCUGCUGAUAUUUUGAAAAAGAAUGCCCAAUCUAAUGAAGAUGUUCCAUUUUUACAUACUUUACAACUUAAGGAAGAGAUAUUAUCUGAUAUUACUGAUCUAAAUAAAAAGAACCAAAUAUGGGAUCAACUUAUCGGAAAACUUGAAGAGGACAAUACCAAUAUUUCUUCGUCCCAAACCGAGAUUCAAGGUGAAAUACUUAAGUGUUGGACUUGGAUCGGUGAUGUUGACAUGGAAUAA